AUGAGUAACUCUACCUUCCCCACUUUCAAUGUAUCUUCGUCUGAAACAGACAUGGACGAUAGUCGAGAUUUGGAGACAAAUCAAUGUAAUGGUGCAGGAAGGCGGAGAGCAAGAUCUUUACAACAUGUUUUUCCUUCCUUACAGAAACAACAACACCAUCUAUCCCGUAGAUUGGCAUCGACACCCAGUUCCAAUGAUCAAAACGCUCGGAUCCAUGAAGAUAACGAUAAAUACAGUGUGGGACGCUUUAGCUUACCUGUAUAUCAAGUGCUUUCGUCUAAGAGUAAGCAAAAAGAAGAUGAAGAACAGAAAGAAGACGAAGAACAGGAAGAAGCAUAUGAAAGCCAAGAUGUUUUUACGCAGACAUUUGACUCAGAUCAUAAAUUGGAUAAACAUCUUACAACCUACAGAUCAAUGUUACAUG